GUAAAUUUGAUAUUUGUGUGCUCGUUCUCCCCCAAUAUGUCAGCGACUCGCCUCACUUCCAUCCGAAAUGGCACCCGCAUCCGUGGCUCUCCACCCUCCAACGACCUCCUUCUCUUUCCCCGCCGGCGCCGGAGGGUGCAGCCGGCCCCGGUUUGGCCCACCUGCGUCACCCGCACGGCUUGCCCCGGUUGCCACGAGUGUGGUCCCGCGCCGGCUCCUCCUUCCAGCGGCUGCCGGUGUUUGGGACUUCAUCUCCGGCGGAGCGGGUGGGGCCGCCGCCGCGUCCCUCGCCGUCCGGCGAGGUAUGCAGCUCUUCCGCCAGGGAGAUGUGGCUGGGUCGAUGGCAGAAUUCGACAAGGCAAUUGAGAUGGAUCCACGGCAGAAGCAAUAUCUUUGGCAAAGGGGUCUGUCGUUAUACUACCUCGAUAGGUUCGAAGAAGGUGCAGAGCAGUUCAGGCUAGAUGUUGCAGCUAAUCCGAACGACACGGAAGAGUCCAUAUGGUGCUUUCUGUGUGAGGCUCAGCUAUACGGCAUCAAGGAAGCAAGGAAACAGUUCUUGGAGGUUGGUUUGGACUCAAGACCUGUAAUGCGUGAAGCAUACAUGCUGUUUAAAGAUGGCGGAGAUCCUGAAAAGUUAGUAACAAGCUUUUCGAGUGGCACUGAUGGUGAGGUCUUCUAUUCUUCAUUAUAUGCUGGACUUUACUAUGAAUCUCAGAAGAACGCGGAGAAGGCAAAAUCUCAUAUCGUUGCAGCAUGCAAGUCUCCGUACGGAUCAAGUGCCGCAACUGGGAUCUAUAGUGAAAGAGACCAUCAGCAUCUUUCAAGCGGCGAUGAUUCCGGUCGGAGCCAACCAACAGACUGUAACAUGGCAAUGGGUGUUUUAAUUUCUUCGAAUGGUGCAGACUGUGAGGAUGCUUGCAGCCGGAUCCUCUUUGUUUGUAGGUAUGUGUAGCCUCCACAGUUAUACUUUCUUCAGGCAAUGGCAUGCCAAUGCCACAGCAGAGGAUGAGCGAAUGGACAAGAACGACCACAAUGCAUGUGCUGUAUCGAAAUUGUGACGAGUCUUGUACGCUGUUGCAAAACAAGAAGUGCGUGCCGUGUCUUUCUACGCGACUAGCUCCUGCCGUACGCCUUCAUCCAGCACUCUUAACCAGCAAACUGAAGUUGCCUGUAUGGAAAUGGGGACCCUCAUCAGGCUCCAUCAUUUGAUGAUUUCGUACUGCCCAUAUGGUGGCGCGUAGGCAUUUGCAGCUCUGCAUGAUUAAUUGCAGCCGCAGUUUGUUCAUGUUCCCUAUUAUAUUUCUUCUAGUGUAUUAUCCUUGAACAUUAUCUCUCUCUUAUCUCUCUCCACUUAAAAUUAUAGAUAGACACAUGACUUUUGGUAUACGUGUAGAUGUACAUUAUGUUUCGAUACAUAUUAAAAAUUGUACAUCUAUAAAAAAAAUCAAAACAA